CCAAGUCCAACAAUGGAGACCCUCACUCACUCCUUCCGCAUUGCCUUCUACUCUCCACGACUCUCCGCCCCUAGAAAACCCCAUUACCUCAAGCCCACUCUCUGCUCCGCCAGCAAAUGGGCCGACCGCCUCCUCUCCGACUUCCAAUUCGUCGGCGACUCCUCCUCCUCCGCCACCGCCACUCUCGCUCUUCCUCCUGACGAGCGCUGCCUCUCCAUCCCCCUCGAUUUCUACCAGCUCCUCGGCACCCAGUCCCAUUUCCUCGCCGACGGCAUUCGCCGAGCUUACGACGCUAGGGCUUCCAAGCCACCUCAGUACGGCUUCUCCCAAGCCGCCUUACUCAGCCGCCGACAGAUUCUCCAAGCCGCGUGUGAAACCCUAGCCGACCCCACCUCCCGUCGAGAGUACAAUCAGUCCCUCGCUGAUGACCAACACGGAACUAUCCUCACCGACGUUCCCUGGGAUAAGGUUCCGGGAGCGCUUUGUGUGCUGCAGGAGGCUGGAAAGACGGAGCUGGUUCUUGAAAUUGGGGAGAGCUUGCUGAGAGAGAGGCUGCCGAAAUCGUUCAAGCAGGAUGUGGUUUUGGUGAUGGCUCUUGCUUAUGUUGAUAUGUCGAGGGACGCAAUGGCAUUGUCGCCGCCGGAUUUUGUUCAGGGAUGUGAGGUGCUUGAGAGGGCUUUGAAGCUCUUGCAGGAGGAAGGUGCGAGUAGCCUUGCACCUGAUCUUCAGGCACAAAUUGACGAGACGCUGGAGGAGAUCACCCCGCGUUGCAUUUUGGAGCUUCUAGGUUUGCCCCUUGAUGAAGAGUACCAAUCGAAAAGGGAAGAGGGCCUGCGUGGUGUCCGCAACAUAUUGUGGUCUGUUGGAGGAGGUGGAGCUGUUGCUCUAGCUGGGGGAUUCACUCGUGACAGUUUUCUGAAUGAGGUCUUCUUACGGAUGACUGCAGCUGAGCAGGUGGAGUUAUAUGUAUCAACACCAAAAAACAUCCCAGCUGAAAGCUUUGAAGUUUAUGGAGUGGCACUUGCGCUUGUUGCUCAAGCCUUUGUUGGUAAAAAACCUAAUCACAUUCGAGAUGCUGAUAACCUGUUUUGGGAACUUCAGCAGAAUAAGGUAUCAGCUGUAGGACACCCUGCUAACACCUAUAUAACCACUGAGAAUAAUGAGAUAGACUUUGCUUUGGAGAGGGGCCUCUGUUCACUUCUUCUUGGGGAUCUUGAUGUGUGUCGCACAUGGUUGGGCCUAGACGAUAAUAACUCACCAUUUAGAAAUCCGUCUGUAGUCGAUUUUGUCUUGGAGAACGCCAAGGAUGAUGAUGCCAAUGAUCUUCCAGGACUUUGUAAGCUAUUGGAGACAUGGUUGAUGGAGGUGGUGUUCCCCAGGUUUAGAGACACCAGAGAUAUUGAGUUCAGCCUUGGUGAUUAUUAUGAUGAUCCUACAGUCUUGAGAUACUUAGAAAGGCUGGAUGGAACUAAUGGCUCACCCUUAGCUGCAGCAGCAGCCAUAGUAAGGAUAGGUGCAGAAGCUACUGCGGUUCUUGAUAAUGUCAAGUGCAAUGCAAUUCAGGCCCUGUGUAAGGUGUUUCCUCUGGGUCAAAGAGAUAAGAAUAUGGAAUCUCAACAAGAUCAUGAGAUGAAUUUGUCUCUUCUUCCUGAAGACAGUGGAUACCCUAUGGAAGAAUCCUACAAAGAUGAUUCUGUCCGUGUUGCUGAAGUUUCUGGAAGAGAUGGUUCUGUUGAUAUACUCAAAGAAGAAUCAAUUACUGAUCAAAUUAAAGAUGCAAGUGUGAAGAUUAUGUGUGCUGGUGUGGUAAUUGGACUAAUGACUUUUGUUGGAUUGAAGUAUGUACCUGGCAGGAAUAGCACAUCCAAUCUACGUAAAGAACUUAGUUCAGAGACUGCAUCAGAGGUCACAAGUUCAGGCUUACUGGUAGGUGUUAAGUCUGGAGAAGAAUUACCCAAAAUGGACGCACAAAUUGCCGAAGGUCUUGUUCGAAAAUGGCAGAACAUAAAAUCUCAGGCUUUUGGACCUGGGCAUUCUGUGGAUAAACUGUCAGAGGUCUUGGAUGGUGAGAUGUUGAAUAUAUGGACAGAUCGUGCGACUGAAAUUGAACAGCUUAAUUGGUCCUAUAAUUACACCCUUUUGAACUUGAGCAUCGACAGUGUGACAGUGUCGCUAGAUGGGCAGCGUGCCGUGGUGGAAGCAACUCUUGAAGAACUAGCCCAAUUAACUGAUGUGCUCCAUCCAGAGCAUGAUGCCUCGAAUAGCAGAACGUACACUACAAGAUAUGAGAUGUCUUGUUCAAGCUCAGGAUGGAAAAUCACUGAAGGAGCUGUCCUCCAAUCCUGAAUAAUGAUGUAAGGUACUGUAAAUGAUAUGCUUUGUCCUUGAACAUGUUUAUAUAUCGAAGGUGUAAUUUUGUCUAAACUUAUAGAUGUUGUCACUAGCAAGAUAUAUAUAAAUAAAAUAAAUUUUCACUC